AUGUUAUCCCUCAGACCAGUUAUUCUAUUCAGAGGAAAUUUUUUACGGUCUUCGCUUCGAGCGGGAUCUUUGAGGUAUCCCAUGAGAAUGAAUCCUAUUGCUCCGAAACUUGUUUCAUCAUUUUCAACUGUUGGAAGAUUGAAUUUUAGGCAGUCCUUGGUGAGUCUCAAAGAUGAGAGGAAUAAUAAGGAAGCAAAAGAUGAUAAAGAUGAAGAUGGCUCGAAGACUAAGAAAAAAGAUGAUAAAGAAAAGACAGACGAAGAGAAAUUGAGAGAAGAGGUUAAAGAAAGAUUACAUAAGAAAGAUCCUAAUUUGAAUUAUAAGGAUAUCAAAAUAUAUCGGCUUGACGGCAAGACCCUUGCAGGCGCAUUCACUGCCCUUUUCUUUUUUUCCACGUUUUUAGCGUUUUAUUUAUCGUUGAGCAAAAGUGAGAACAAUCAAUUAUCAUUCCAAGACUUCAAAACGAAUUAUCUAGAAAGAGGAUUGGUAACAAAGUUGACGGUUAUAAAUAAGUUUGCUGUAGAAGCAGAACUUAUAGCAGGUGCUGUGUCUGAUCAAACAUUUCAAUCUUACGAUGGAUCACCAGCGGUUGUGUUUACUAUAGGAUCAGUUGAAGUGUUUGAGGAAGAAAUGAACCAGAUUCAAGACAGGUUGGGAAUUCCGGUCGAAGAAAGAUUACCUAUUAGCUAUGAAGAGCGUGGAUCUUGGAUGAAUUACCUUUUGCCAAUCUUGCCAACUGUUCUUUUGAUUGGUGGUUUAUGGUAUAUGACGAUGAGACGUGCCUCAGCUCAAGGAGGAGCAGGUGCUGGAGGACCAGGGGGUAUAUUCAAAAUCGGGAAAUCCAAAGCCAAAUUAUUCAACCAAGAAACUGAUGUGAAGAUUAAGUUUAAGGACGUUGCGGGUUGCGAAGAGUCCAAAGAAGAAAUUAUGGAAUUUGUCAAAUUCUUACAAGAUCCAGGCAAAUACGAGAAACUUGGAGCAAAAAUCCCCAGAGGGGCUAUAUUGUCUGGUCCGCCUGGUACAGGUAAGACUCUUUUAGCUAAGGCAACAGCUGGUGAAGCUGGUGUUCCCUUUUUGUCUGUCUCUGGUUCUGAAUUCGUUGAAAUGUUUGUCGGUGUCGGCGCUUCAAGAGUGAGAGAUUUGUUCAAAACAGCUAGAGAAAUGGCACCUUCUAUUAUUUUUGUUGACGAAAUAGAUGCUAUUGGAAAAGAGAGGGGAAAUGGGAAAAUGGGUGGCAAUGAUGAGAGAGAAAAUACGCUUAAUCAAUUGUUGGUUGAAAUGGAUGGUUUCGAUACAACAGAUCAUGUUGUUGUUUUAGCUGGAACAAAUAGGCCCGAUAUCUUGGAUAAGGCGUUAUUAAGACCAGGGAGAUUUGACAGGCAUAUCUCGAUAGAUGUUCCAGAUGUCGAAGGUCGUAAAGCUAUCUUUAAGGUUCACUUAUCAAAAUUAACUUUAAAGUGUGAUGAAGAUAUAAGAGCAUCGCAUCAUGAUAUUGACUUCAAUCAAUAUCAGAAGUUAAAGGCGGAAGCAAUAGACAAAUUGGCUGGUCGUUUAGGAGCAUUAACACCUGGCUUUGCUGGUGCCGACAUUGCAAAUUGUUGUAAUGAAGGAGCCUUAUGUGCGGCUAGAGAAGAUGCGCUGGCUGUUGAUACACAUCACUUUGAACAAGCUAUAGAACGUGUUGUCGCAGGAUUAGAAAAGAAAUCUCGUAUUUUGAGUUUAGACGAAAAGAAAACAGUUGCAUAUCACGAGGCUGGUCAUGCAAUUUGUGGCUGGUUUUUAGAGUUCGCCGAUCCUCUACUCAAGGUUUCUAUAAUACCCAGAGGACAAGGUGCUUUAGGCUAUGCUCAAUAUUUACCUAAGGACCAAUACUUGGUUUCGAAGGAACAGUACAGGCAUAGAAUGAUCAUGGCUUUAGGAGGUAGAGUUAGUGAAGAGUUACACUUCGAUACCGUUACAAGUGGUGCUUCUGAUGACUUUAAAAAAGUGACGGAGAUGGCACAACUGAUGGUUUUGAAAUUAGGGAUGUCCGAAAAGGUUGGAAGUAUCUAUUUCGACAAUGGUGAUCAAAAUAAUGGUUUUAAGGUCCACAAUAAUUAUUCGGAGACGACUUCUCGAUUGAUAGAUGUCGAAGUAAAGAGAUUUAUCGACGAAGCCUACGAAGCUUGCCAAAAAUUAUUGGCUGGUAAGCUAGAUAUGGUUGACAGGGUUGCCGAAGAUUUGUUUAAGAAGGAAGUCUUGACGAGAGAAGAUAUGAUAAGGUUAGUUGGCCCUAGACCUUUCCCAGAUAGAAAUGAUGCUUUUGACAAAUAUAUAGAGGGAAGAGAUGCUUUCAAGGGUACAUCAUAA